UCUGGUGCUGCUGCCGAGCAACCCAGCUCACCAAAGAUUUCGUGUUUUGUUUUGCAGAUUCAUUUCGUGCCCUCCAAAGUUUAGAUGAAAGUCACCGAUAGCAGCUUGAUGGAGCCCAGCAGCUGUGCCGGCUCAGGCAGUGAGGCUAUGAAGCUGGUCGAUCAGGCUCGUGCCUCUGCAAAUACUGUAUUAAGAGUACUGCUGGAUGGGAGCAUUUUCGAAGUGGACAAAGCGCUCCUGGAAGACAACUGUGAAUACUUCCAGGCACUUUUCCAAUCAGGAAUGAGGGAAUGCCAGCAGGAGGAGAUCUGCCUGCAGGUUGUGAGUGCUCAUGGCUUUCUGGUGGCACUUCGGGUGAUCCACGGCGAAAGACCCAUCCUCAACGACGACGAAAUUGUCAAAGCUGUGGAAUGUGCCGCCUUCCUUCAGGUGAAGCCUCUCAUCAAACAUCUCAUAAACAUCAUCAAUUCUGAUAACUGCUUCCUCAUGUACCACUCAGCUGCCACUUACGGCUUAUGGCAACUUUUUAAAAGCACCGCUUUGUUCAUUCGUGACAUGCACCAAGACCUAAAAGAGGACAUGAGGUGCUUGCCAGAGGAGCUGAUUAAUUAUGUUGAGUCUCUAAUUCCUAGUACAUAUGUUAUUGUUGGCACCCACUCUCCUACCAUUGAGCUGCUUCAGGACUUCAUGAGGACGGUAUGUUAUCUUGACGAGGAUGAAAAAGAUUGGAAAGUCCUUACUCACUUACCACUCACUGCUAGUACAACCAUGGCUGGGGUUACAGUCCUAAAUAAUAAGAUCUAUAUUGUUGGUGGAGUGUACGACAUUAACAAUAAAAUUGUAGACUCUGGUUACUGCUACGAUGCGACCUCUGAUACCUGGAGCACAUUUUCCAACCCACAACAGCCUCGUUAUAACUGUACACUGGUGGGACAUGAAGGUUCCCUCUAUGCACUUGGUGGAGAGUAUGAAAGAAUUACUAUGUCAUCUGUAGAAAAGUACAAUGUCUCCACAGAUACAUGGAGUUUUGCUGCCAAUCUCCCAAGACCUGCUUCUGCAGUAGCAUGCACCAAGUGCAUGGAUAGGAUCUUCAUCUGCCUCUGGAAACCUAAAGAUGCUACAGAGAUCUAUGAAUACCUACCAGAGAGUGAUGAGUGGAUUCAUGUCACUACACUCAUAAGGCAUCAAAGUUAUGGACAUUGUAUGGUGGCUCACAGGGACAAGUUGUAUGUGAUGAGGAAUGGCCCAAGUGAUGACUUUUUGAGAUGCAUGAUGGACUGUUAUAAUCUGACCACAGGCCAGUGGACAGCCAUGCAGGGCCAGUAUGAGAACAGCAAAGGAGCUUUGUUCACGGCAGUGGUGAGAGGUGAUUCCGUGUUCACUGUGAACCGCAGAGCGACAGUUGAGUAUUCCAUUGAGGACAACAAAUGGAAGACAAAAAAAGAGAUGACAGGAUUUCCGAGAAUUGGCUCCAAGUGGGCUUUCCUCCUGAGAUUGCCCAAGAAAAGCAAAGAACCUCUGGGAAAGCCAGAUUUGACUAAAGGCCAAAAUUCUGAAGUGCCCUCUGACCUUCCUACAAGUUCUUCUGUAUGCUAUUAAUGCUAUUAUUGGCUAUAGCAUAGCCGUUUGAUCAUCGUUGCCUAUUUGUGGCAAUAAAACACUUCUUCCCUUUUCCUACUCUCUUUAUAUAAAAUGUCUAAAACUGAAUUAGAAUUGUCAAAAAGGAAAAAAACACACAUUUUUCCCAUCUACUGUCAACUUUCCCAUGUGUAUUGUACUGUGACUUUUGCAGCACACAUCAUCUGUAUUUAAAUUGAAUUUGUUGUUAUUUUAUCAUCCCAAUAAAAAGGUAAAAUUAA